AUGCAUCUAAAUAAAAAUAUAAACGUAAGUAAAGGUGUAAAGUUCCGGUAUCACCGUUUUUCAAAGCUUUGGCAUAGCGAAGUAAUCUUUAAAACAGUAGUGGUGACACUAUUGAUAGUAAUAAAUAUUAUAUUACUGGCAUAUACAUCAAUAAAAUUUGGACAAAGCAAAUAUGAUGAUGUUUUUACUUUAUUCGGAUGGAUGUUUUUGCUAUUAUAUUGUGGAUUUCUGAUUGAUAUUGAAUCUUCCAGAAGUUUAAAGAUUUGUCUUUCAAUCAUAAUUUUGAUAAAUUUUGUGUGUAUUGAAAGAAAUAUUUUAAUCAUUGGAAUCACAAUUGACUUUCUAAACUUGGGAGUUCUCUGGUCUAUUUUCAAGUGUGGAGAAAUAGAUCUUGAUUCAAAAGAGUCUUAUGAAGAUGAGUAUAUUUUACCAUUGAUUGACAAUAGUAAGAAAUUAUUAAAUGUAUAUUAUGAACUUUGGCGAAGAAAUACGUAUGGAGGAAUCAAAAGUUAUAAUGGCCUAAUUGUAACUAGAUGCGUAAUGAUGUCUUGUAUGUACCUUUGCAUUUUAUUAUUCAAUACAGUAGAUAAAUAUACUAAUUUUAACAAGAACAAAUUGACAGAAAUGCAAAAUAUCAUCUAUUUAAGAAGUACAAAAAUUAUGUUGAAAAGUGAAUCUAUUGAUAAAAUAUUCCAAAUAAACGGAGUUAGUGGUGUAGUUGUAAUACAAAUCAUGAUAAUUACCUUAACUGUGCUACUAAAAUCAUUUUUAUCAAAGUCUGUUAAUUUAAUUAUUGCACUAAAAGAUGUAUGUUUAUCAUUUUUAAAAAGCAGUGAGGUAGGCGAUGAAGAAGUAAAACAAAUAUUGGAAUUUAAUAGCUGCGAAACCAAUAGAAAACAAAAUUUAGAUAUUGAACCUAGUAAACAGAAUAUUUUCAUGAAUCGGAGUAAAUUAUUUAAUGGUUUUAUAUUUUUUUUCUCAGUAUUUCUAUUUGGUAUGGUAACAUACGAAAACCAUGAAUUUGACAUAAUUUCAAGAAUGUUUUUAAUGGAGCAAUAUCAAACAAUAGUGCUAUGUAUCUUAUUGCCAUUAUUUGGCUUGCUUACUGAAAUUUCUAUGUUCAGAGAUUGCUGUUGGUACUUUCUUUUCUCAUGGGUUGUUUAUAAUUUCAAUAUUUGUUUAGAUGAUUCAAUGGUAAGGAGUACCAUAAAUUUACUUUCAGGAAUACUUUUCAAUAUAUCGGCAAUCUUAUUUGUUUUUAAUCAAAUAAAAGACACAAACUAUCACAGUAAAAUUCAGGAAUAUACUCUUACAAGUUAUAUUUUCCACAAGAUAUGUUAUUUUCUGGGUUUUAGUAUCUCGAAGAAAGUUUUUUCAAUCCAGGAAAAUAACAUAAAAAAUAUAUCUAUAUUCAUAAUAAAUAUUAUAAUAAUUUCUAAUUUAUGUUUUCUCCUUUAUGCUAGUUUAACCCAGGAUACAGUUUCUAAGCAAGAUUACGAUAAUGAAAUUGAAUGGGAUGUAGUAUAUUAA